CUGUUCGCGGCUUCUGUCAGUUCGUUGAAGGUUGUGGUUGUAAAACGUACGUUCGUUCGUCUUCGGUCAGCGCGAGUACUAUCUCGAGUAUACGAGGUGUGUGUGACGUGAACCCAAAAUCAAGGUGGCCGCGCGGGAGCAGCGUCUCUGAUUUGUUUUGUUCUCGUUUUUCGUGUACCAUCGAAGAACAAGACCUAUAUUGUGUUAGUGAAAUUACGUGCACAACCCGCUUCUUCAGCUAAUACCUGUGGUACUGCGGUCGAACUCAGAACCCGGAGAAAGUCGAGGAGAAAGGGGCAUCAUGACACUAUCCGAUAAGCAUUCAUAAUCUUUGAAAAUGUACAUAAUCAAUAAUAUGCCAAAAUCUGACAACAUGCUUUAAGAAACAUCGAACCAAGUGCCUUAUUCAACCUAAACAAAUCAUCUAUUGAUGACUUAGUUAUAUUUACUGCCAAAAUGAAGAGUAUUAAAGCGAUAUUUCGUAGAGGACAGACGUCUAAGUUAGACGGACAGAUCCACACGCCAGAAGACCUGUCUAGGUCUUCUUCUGUAACGAACUUGAACGCGGUGGAUCAAACUUCACCCAAGACCAAGACCGGCACUAAUAAGCCUAGAAAAUCGUCAAGUAGAGACAGGUUGGACAAGAUUGCCUCCAGUACUGGCACAGCAGAAAGAAAAAAUGAGAGAAAAGGAAUAAAUAAAAACAACAACAAAUUGGAAACUGGUGAUCAAUCUCUAAACCUAGAUACCUUACAAGAAAUCGAAUCUCUGAAAGCUCAGCUACAUCAGAUGGCAACAGAAAAGUCUAGCUUGGCCCUGAAGUUGGGGGAGCAGAAAGGUCAGAUCCAUUCUUUACAACAUCAAAUAGAAAACCUCAAAAUGUACCAAGAACAGAGUAGUCUUCAACUGGAGCAACUGACUGAAGAAAACACAGCCCUGAGGAACAGACUUAGAGAUGUCGCCCAUUCUCCACUUUCUGACAAUGAAAAGCAGCAGCUUUUGUACGAGUCUCACAGGCACCAUAACUCAGCACCGGCUUCCAUAGCUACCAAUCCGAUGGAAGACGGAAACUGCGGUGAUGUUACAGCUUGCCCUACUCCUGAUUGGGACAAAAACUCAAGCAGCAAUGUUAGCGAAAUUUCGGUGGCAUGUUUACAGGACAAAAUUAAUCAGAUGCAAGAAACUCAUUAUAGCACUAAUGAAGAGCUCCAAGCGACCCUUCAAGAACUCAACGACCUCCAGGGACAACUAGGAGAACUGCAAAAGGAAAACGAACGGCUAGUCGAGGAGAAGAACCUAAUGUUCGACUCACUCUGCCGGCAGACCGAAAGGCUGAAGGAUACCAGACAAGAGGUGGAAUCCCUGAAGACGCAUUUGUAUCGGGAUCAGAACGAGACUGGCCUCGAGACAGCCCAAGAGCGCGAGGAGAAGUUGGUCGAUCUACUGAAGUCGGCACAAGAUGAACACGAGUCGCUCCUGUCCAAACAUGAACAGCUCAGUGAGGAACUCCAUGAGAUGCGGGAGGCAAACGAUGCCCUCCAUGACCAGCUAAAGGUCAUGACAGAAAGAAACGGGACUUUAGAGAGCACUCUGGAUGCCAAACAAGCGGAGCACAAACUCCUGGAUCAGGAGCUGGCCAUGGCCAGAGAUCAGUGCAAUGGAAAGCAGAUCGAAGUCAAUAGGUUGAAAGAUCUUCUAGAGAACGCCAGAACCAAGAUAAAUGAACUGGAACAGGACAGAGCUCUCAGCGACAAGUCAGAAUUGGACGAGAUGUUAGACAAUGCUAGAAAAGAAAAAGACGCGUUGGAAUCGGAGGUUGCCCAUCUCAAGGAGCAGCUGGCCAGGAGUAAGAACGAAAUCGAGAGACUCAAAGAGCAGAUAUCUAUUCUACAGGAAGAAUGCAAGGUCACAAGAAAUAACGCAAGAACAAUCCAGUCCGACUUGGAGUAUAAAUACGAUAAACUGGCGUCAGAAAAAGCAACUGUGACUGAACAGUUACACAAGUUACAGGACAUUAUAAACGAUCUCCAGGUUCAAGCUCAAUGUCAGGAGGAGGAUAAGAGGAACCUUUCAGAUGUGUUGGCGGAAACCCAGAGAAAUCUCAGCGAAUCCGAGAGGAAGAUCUUAAUGUUAGAGAAUGAUCUAGCCGACGUGAAGAAAUUGAGAAAGGAUGAGAAUGAAGAAUGGGAGAAGUUCCAGAACGACCUUCUAACCUCCGUCAGGGUGGCGAACGACUUCAAAACUGAGGCCCAACAGGACCUCCAAAAGAUGAUAAUGGAGAAUAAAGAGCACAGGGAUAAGGUUCGGCAGCUUGAGGCCCAGUUGGAUAAGUUGAAAGGUGUUCCAGCUAUGCCCGAAGAAAGGAGAAACUCGCAGCAGUUGCCAAAACAGAACGCCCAUAGAAGGAUGUUUGGUAGUUUGCCUAGCCUUUUGGAUAUUUUCAAUGAUAAGGAACAAGCUGAUAAAGUUUCCAAACGACCCAAAUGGAUUAGACAUCAGAAAAAACUAUCUGAAGGCGAAGAGAAGAUUUUGGAAUCAUUACACGAAAUGUAUAACGAAAUAGAUCCUGAAAAACCAAGUGAUAUGUUAACCUCUGAACAAGCUUACAUCAAGAAACUUAAAACCUUAUACGAAGAUAACAGCACGGCUUAUAAACCUGUAGCACCUAGGAAAAAACAUGAUCUCGCUAUAAGUAAACCCCUUCUGGAAUCGGUUUAUUCAAAUCCAAAAUUAGAAAGUAUAGCCAAGAAUCCAAACUUGAAAAACCUAGAAAGCGAUAGAUUUUCUUGGAUGGGAUACAAGCAGUUCUCUGACGAUCAAACGAAUAAUAAAGAGAAAAAAGACUUAAAAUCGAAUGCUGUCAACAUUGAAAGAUUUGUGAGCUACCUUCCAAGCACACCUGAAGUUUCAUCAAGAACAUCCAGUUCUGAACAACGUCGAGUAUCAUCCAUGGACAACACCAGACAAUUUCCCCUGAGGAGGUAUAGCAGCAAAGAAGAUCUAACAGGCAUCGCUGAACUGGAAUCAUUCAAGGACCCGUCGAAUAAAAUCGGAAGAAAGCGAUCUUCCCUGAAGAGCAUCCAUUCAGAUACUAGCUCCAAUAUUUCUAACAAAAAACGCGUUUCUUUCGACGAAAAAAGGAAUUCAUGUGUAGUUAUAAAGGAAUUCUUGAGUUUCGGUUCUUUGGAAGAUAUUUAUAAAAAAAUCGACCCAAAGUUACCCGAAAGUCAACUGACCAAAGAGCAACGAUUCGCAAUACGCCUGAAGACAUCAAUGGAAAAUUUGGGACAAAAACCGGAGCUGAGAAAACGACCAACCUUCAAGAAGAGUAAAGUAAUUAUAAGCUCUCCUCUGAAAGAAUCAGUUUUAAAGAACACAAAGUUGUUAUCUAUCUUCAAAGACCCAGUCGUUAGAGUGGCCGGUAAAGAUACAGAGCUAGAGACCGUUGAACUGAGAAAAGUGCAUAGGAUGAAGAAAUACCUCGCAGACGUGAAUAGAGUACUGAGGAAUCCCACGAAAACCAUGUGUAAGAAAGAUUCCAGGUUAAGCAGGAGCCUGGAGAAUCUUAAUUGUUUUCCAUAUGUUUUCAACCGUAUUUCUUCUUCCAUGGAGAAUCUUCCAUCUGAAGGAGGAAUAGAGCCUCAAGUAGAGCUGAAAGUCGUUACGAAGAUUCUCCCUGCAAAAAAUUUCGCCGCUUCGUUCAACAUUUCUUCGAGUUCUUCCAGUGUCGACAAUAGCAUUGAGAAUUUGAUCGAAAAGACUGAAGAGACUCCAGUAGUAUUCAUAGAGCAUUUCGAAUCAGAAAACAAAAACAGAGAUUCGAAUAAAUGUGUUUCAACUGUGGAAGAUAGUACACUACACAUAGAAGACAUUUCAGAAGACUGCAAUCAGAGAAAAAGUGCUAGUGCUGUCGAUGAUGAUGAUGAGUAUACAGGUCGUAUAUCGUUCCCCGAAGAAGAAGGUGAAGUAUGUAGAAUGAGAUUGCUGUCUAUAAACUCAGUUGAAAUGGAAGAAGAAGACGAUGUCUUGGCUAGGUACAAACGAAUUUCAGAGUAUAUAGAGGAAUGUUCUGACAAAGAAAGUUAUGUAGAAAGAGGUGAAGAAGAUUCCCAAUCGUUGUACACCGUUGAACUAACAAACGCUGAAGAUUACAUUAUCCACACUGUAGCUUCGGUCGAACCAAUAGACGAAGAAAAAGAAAACUGGCUGACGAAAUACUUGGAUGAAACUUGUGACAUCGAAGAAAAAAAAGAGAACAGAAAGAUGAGGGUAUUAUAUAAGGAUGUAGUCCAAGAAAUAAAACGAAAAUAUAGUCAAGAUCAACAUUGUUCGAGUGAAAGCAGCGACGAAGAGGGAAUUCAUAUACUCAAUACCAAGGAAGGAAAAAUUGAAGUGCGACGAUCGAGCGAAGAUGAAGAAUCCGAAGAUAAUAUGGACUCUAAUUUCUUAGAUAGAUUCUUCAAAACAAAUCAUUCAUUCCCACAGCUUAAUGUUUCCCCAAUUGGAACUUGUUCUACAUUUGGAAAUGAGUUAAAUGUUCAAAAAUCGGAAAAAGAUGAUUGUGUACAAGAAAGAUUCGUAGAGCAGCAGCAUCCAACUCAAGAAGAAAUGGACUACAUAAUGAAUGUAAGAAAAACAUAUAAGGAUGAAUUCGAAGACGUCGAUAGGUUAGGAAAUACUAAUGUGGAGUCUGACUACAACAGAAAAUAUUUGUGUAGACAAAAUUAUGUAGACUAUGAUGACUAUGAUGUAAAAAUACAAUCUCCAGUAUUAGAAGAUACAACGCCAACAAUAUAUCCUGUGGACAAAGUAUCUGAAUCAAAGCAGUCAGUUUUGUCAACAAGUGAUUUGGAUCUACUAUCUUCUAUUGAAAAAAGGCAUUCGAGAGCCCUUUCAGAUAUAAAUAUGAAUGAUUUAGCAUUCAUAGAAUCUAUGAAAGAUAAAUAUUUGAAGAUAGAUGAUUCCAAAACCAUUGAGUCAAGCCAAAACGAUACAGCAAAGGAAUUUCUUUCAAUGGAAAGUGAGCCAAUAAAUGUUAUAUCUCUAAAUUCUUCAACGAGUUAUAGUGAAUACGAUUUGAAAUAUCUAACACGAGAUUUUUUAACUGAGGAAAUGAGCCACCAUAGUGAUUUUUGGGGGAACGAUAAUUCUGAUUCCAGAAGUUCAUUACAAAUUCACACAAAUGAGAAUAACAGUACAUUGAGAUAUAUUGGACAGAAAUCUGAUUCGAUAUCACCCUAUUCUUCUAAAAACAGUGAAUUUGGUAUUAGUUAUAGUUAUUUUUAUUCGAAGCUUUUGACGGAAAAUUUCUUGAAAGAAGAAAAAAAACAUAGUUCAUGCAGUACAAAUGGGAAGAUUUUUCCAUCUGGAAAUAUAAAUCAACGAGAUGCUAGAUACUUUGAUUGUUUGGGUGUCCAAAAUAAUGAGUUCUUAAAAAAGUCGACGCUAAAUUUUUUGACACAGGAGAUUAAUUAUAACACAUAUUCUGGCACAAUAUCAAGAAGAUCUGAUAAAAAUUCUUCAGUAGGGGAAAUAGUUAAUCCACAUGAAUGUAAAGGUGAAGUGAAUGAUUCAAGGAAAGAAAGUGAAUCAACAAGAUUGGUGCUAAAUCCACCCUGUCAAGAAUUCGUUUCAAAUGCGGAAUUUAUACUGAGAAACCCUAAAGACAGACUGUCAAGAACUUCCACCGACUGCGAUAGUUGGCUCUAUUAUGAGCCAGUCUACACAAACUGUUACGAAUUUCAACCACGUACUCCAAUAAAUGUCCAAUCGAAGCCAAGGAAACCGAAACCGUUACCAAGAAAAUUUUGCACAGAUGACAAGUUGACCUUAACCACAAUCGAUGUGAAUGUGGAUUCUUCUGUGACUCGAACCUUUGACAACGUCCAAAAAGUCAAAAAUGAACCACACGAAGAACUACUGCCAAAUUCAAGUAAAGUCAUGAAUGAAUCCAACGAUGUUGUAAGAAUGAAGUCUAGAUCCGACAAGAUCCUCCAAGAUAGUAUCGCUCAUCCAUCCAAAGAACCCUCCGUAAGCUCCCUCGCCAAAUGUAUGGACGGCAUUGGAUCGUCCAACGUCAUGGUCAGAAAAACGAAGAAGUUCAUCAAAGAAGGGGACCUGGUUGAAGAGUUUGACGAAGCUGCAGGAGUGUAUAACGUUCGUUUAGAAAAUAUACUCGAUAAUGAAAAGUUUGAUACGAAAAACCAAAUCAUACCAGAAGCGUUGAUAGACUAUGCUGAUAGUGAAUCGAAGGUUACUCUCAUCGACGUCGAUAAUGGUUUUAGUGAUUUUCAAGAGCCCUGCAGUAGACCCCAGACCAGUCGACAGCGAUCAACCCCAUUCAGACUAUCUUAUUAUGGGGAAACUAGCGAAGAAGGUGUUGAUAGUUUGAAGGAAGCAACUUCGCGAACUUCUGUUUCUCUUCUCAAGCAAAAAUUCGAAAAUUUAGUUACAGAUAAUGACGAGACAGACACGAACUCUGUGGUAAUCAAAGAAUUCAGGGAAAGCCAAAAAGCAAACCUGGCCAAACUGCUCAACGAAAAAGCUGCCUACGACUUGGUAUUCAAAACAGAGAGCAAAUACUGGUUCGACAACACUUCAGAAGCUGAUAGGCCUGAGACCCCCAUCAAUACUUCAGCGCCAUCUUUCGAAUCUGCCGCCACGGAGAAACCCUUGAAUAUUACCAUCUUAGAUCCGAUUGAGUCGAAGACCAAUGCUAACUACCAGCACUUGUUCGAGAGCGGUACCGUGAGCAAGAACCACCAGAAACCCUUUGUGGGUAAUGUGAAGCUGUCCGAGUUGAAUCUCAAGACCAGCAUCCCCUGUGUAGAUUUCACUACCCUGAAUAAUCCCAUGGUGGAGAGAGAAUCGAAUGCUUCCUUGUACAAUUUUGGAUUGGGUAGCGAAGGGAGUUCUGGUGCAGAUGCUGCUACCUCAUGUUUGGCGAAGGAUGAGUGACGUUUCGUUAUCUUAUUUGGUGUCGUUCUACUUUCAUAUUUUAUCGCUGUAUAUGAUUGGAUAUUUAUUUCUUUUAUAUGUAAAUAGAUUUCAUUCGAUAUA